GCAAGUUGUGGAAGAGGGAGAUGAUCGAACACGGAGAUACCAGGCGAAUUAUCAGCAUUCUUGGGAGUUUGGAUUACUGAUUUUUGUAUCUGAAACCCUUUCACUGGAUAACGGAUUUGUUACAAUUAUUAUGGACGGGAGAAUGUCGGACAGAACAAUGAAACGGCAAGUCGGCCUGCUGUUGUUUGUGACGGUUGUUUCUCUCGGCUCGGUUUUAGGGCAGGUCAGCUACUCUAUUCCUGAGGAAAUGCCGAAAGGAUCCUUGGUCGGCAACAUCGCUCAGGAUUUAGGUUUGGAUGUGAAACGGCUGAAAUCAGGGAAGGCUCGUAUUUACACCGGAGAAGGUACAGAAUACAUCGAGCUGAAUAAAGAAAGAGGAGUCCUUGUAAUGAAAGAGCGGAUAGACAGAGAGGCGCUCUGCGGACAGACGACGCCCUGUGCUCUUGAUUUUCAGAUAAUAUUGGAGAAUCCUAUGCAGUUUUACAGCAUCACUGUCGAGAUCACCGACAUUAACGACAACGCCCCCGAUUUUAAAAAAAGGGAAAUGAAAUUUGAAAUUAGUGAGACGGUUCAAAUGGGAUCUAAAUUUGUCUUAGAAAAGGCGGUUGACGUCGACGUGGGUAUUAAUGGGCUCCGGGGCUAUUCGCUAAGUUCAAGUGACACAUUCAAUUUAAUCCCGUAUCGGAUUGGCAGCAGUAGAAAUGUUGAGAUGGUUUUAAAGAAGCAGCUUGACCGAGAGAAAGAGGACCGCCUGUCUUUAGUGUUGACUGCUUUAGACGGUGGCGACCCGCAGCUCUCUGGAACGAUCCAAAUAUUCAUUACUGUGUUGGAUGCUAACGAUAAUGCACCUGUUUGUACUCAGACAGAGUAUAAAACUAAUGUGAAGGAAAAUUCGUUGAAGGGAGCUGUUCUGACCACUGUUAGCGCGUCUGAUGCAGAUGAAGGUCCGCACGGACACGUACAGUAUGCGAUUUCUAAUGUUCCAGAGGGCGCACUUGACCUCUUUCAUGUAGAUCAGGAAAGUGGUGUGGUCACAUUAAUGGGAACACUUGACUAUGAAAAAUUUCGGCAUUUUGAAAUUGAUGUCCAAGCAUCAGAUGAAGGUGGCAACUCAGAUGUUUGUAAAGUCAUGAUUGAGGUGCUGGACACAAACGACAACCCACCUGCUAUUAAUAUUAUGUCAACAUCAUCCAGUAUAUCUGAGGAUGUUAAACCAGGCACAGUUCUGACAAUGAUGAACGUUCAGGAUCCAGAUUCAGAUGAAAAUGGCAAAGUCCACUGUGUAUUAGAUGACAAUGCACAUUUCAAAAUCAUGUCAACAUCAAACAAUUUCUUUACUUUAGUGACAGAUGGUGAGUUAGACAGAGAGAUCGCGUCACAGUAUAAUAUCACCGUGACCUGCUCUGAUGAAGGAGUGCCCUCCCUCUCCAGCAGCGUCACUCUCACCUUACAGAUCUCUGAUGUGAACGACAACGCGCCUGUCUUUAAGAGGAGCUCAUAUGAGGCCUACAUUGUAGAAAACAACACACCAGGCCUCUCUAUAUUCACAGUGAGAGCCAGAGACGCUGACUGGAACCAGAAUGCUCGUGUUUCUUACAUCCUGGAGGACUCCUCUGUUAACGGAGUGCCAGUCUCCUCAUAUGUGUCCGUCAGUGCUGAUAGUGGAGUCAUCCAUGCAGUGCGCUCUUUUGACUACGAGCAGAUCAAAGAUUUCCACUUCAGCGUCAAAGCGCAGGAUGGAGGCUCUCCUCCACUCAGCAGUAUUGUGAGUGUGAAAAUAAUGAUCCAGGACCAGAACGACAACCCUCCUCAGGUUCUGUACCCGGUCCAGACUGGAGGCUCUGUGGUGGCUGAAAUGGUGCCUCGUUCAGCAGAUGUGGGCUAUCUGGUGACUAAAGUGGUGGCUGUUGAUGUGGACUCUGGACAGAAUGCCUGGCUCUCCUAUAAACUGCAGAAAGCCACAGACAGGGCGCUGUUUGAAGUGGGCUUGCAGAAUGGAGAAAUCCGAACUAUCCGCCAGGUGACUGAUAAAGAUGCUGUGAAACAGAGACUGACUGUUAUAGUGGAGGACAACGGGCAGCCCUCUCGUUCAGCUACAGUCAUUGUUAACGUGGCGGUGGCCGACAGCUUCCCGGAAGUGCUGUCGGAGUUCACUGACUUUCCUCACGACAAGGAGUACAAUGACAACCUGACUUUUUACUUAGUGCUGGCUUUGGCUGUAGUGUCCUUCCUGUUCAUCACGUGUUUAGUGGUUAUUAUAUCAGUGAAAAUCUACAGAUGGAGACAGUCUCGCGUCCUGUAUCACUCCAGUCUCCCUGUGAUUCCAUAUUAUCCUCCACGUUACUCAGACACUUUGGGUACAGGGACUCUCCCACACGUGUACAACUACGAGGUGUGCAGGACGACUGACUCCAGAAGGAGUGACUGUAAGUUCGGCGGAGCUGGUAGUCAGAACGUGUUGAUAAUGGACCCCAGUUCUACAGGGACGAUGCAGCGGAUGCAGAGUGAGAAGAGCAUCCUGGAUGAACCAGACUCUCCUCUAGAGGUUAGUUGUACAGAAAUUAUAAUGUAA